UCCUCUCUCAACUCUCUACUACUCCUCCUUCAAUAUGACAACUUCAGCUAUUCAACAUUCUACUAAUAUUGGUGCUUUCAUGUUGUUUCUCUUUAUCAGCACAACAUGCCAAGCCCAGCUUUCUUCAACCUUUUAUGACAAUACAUGCCCUAACGCACUCACUACCAUACGUACCUCAAUUAGAUCCGCUAUCGCUAAAGAACGUCGAAUGGCGGCAUCUCUCAUUCGCCUCCAUUUCCAUGAUUGCUUCGUUCUUGGAUGCGAUGCAUCCAUCUUACUAGACGAGACCCCCUCAAUCCAAAGUGAGAAGACUGCCCGUCCUAAUAAUGGUUCUGUUAGAGGCUAUGAAGUCAUAGACAAUACCAAAGCCCAAGUAGAGAAAGCAUGUCCUGGCGUUGUAUCUUGUGCAGAUAUCGUUACAGUGGCCGCCAGAGAUGCAUCCGAAUAUGUAGGUGGUCCAUCUUGGACUGUGAAACUUGGAAGAAGAGACUCAACCACCGCAAGCAGAACUUUGGCUGAAGGUGGAGACCUUCCUGCUUUCACAGACGGCCUUGAACAACUUAUAACAUCAUUCAGAAACAAAGGCCUUAAUGCAAGGGACAUGGUUGCAUUGUCAGGUUCCCACACAAUAGGACAAGCUCAAUGCUUCACUUUUCGCGAUAGGAUAUACAACAACAACGCAAGCGACAUUGAUGCUGGAUUUGCGAGCACUCGCAAGCGUGGCUGUCCAGCUAGUGGUGGCAGUGGCAAUUUGGCACCAUUGGAUUUGGUAACGCCCAAUUCUUUUGACAACAAUUACUUCAAGAAUCUACAACAACGGAAGGGACUUCUUCAUUCUGAUCAAGUUCUCUUCAGUGGUGGAUCCACGGACAGCAUUGUCAAUGAUUAUAGCAAGAACCCCAACACUUUCAAGUCUGAUUUUGCAUCUGCCAUGAUCAAGAUGGGAGAUAUUGGUGUUCUCACUGGUUCUGCUGGUCAGAUAAGGAGAAUUUGCAGCGCCGUCAACUAGACUUACUUGCAUUCUUAAAACGUAGUAUACAGAAGAAAAAAACCAGGAAUCUUUUAUGCCUACUAAAUCUUUUCGCUCAUCAAAACUAAUAUGUUUCACUUGUUUAAUCUUCGGUUUGCGUCUUCCGUCUUGUAAAGUUUCUGUGUUGAAUCCGAGUCUGGGUUUUGGUAUUCA